GUCAACCUCACCUGACAUGUGCUGAUGACAAUGAAACAAUCAUUCAACUCGUUUAAAGCAUGCGCGUCUUCUUCAUCAUACCGAGCAAUGCUAAACCACAAGCUGAGCUUGUCUUCGAAAGAGACCGUGACGCCAUUCGUGUAUAAAACACCCGUUCGAUAUCUUCAGGGAACCACAUCGCUCGUUUGCUUAAUAACUCUCCGCUGCUCACUUUCCGAUCCUCAAAUCCGCUCUCCACUCCAUGACUUCGAGCAUCAAAUCCGAUCUCUUUCUCACCAACAAAUUGUCAUUUGCUCGUAAUGAGCGAUCGUUCUCUAGCAUGAAACGAGCUGUAAGUAACAACUUGGUGGCUGCUAGCGCCGUGAAAAGUGGGUCGAAACCUUUGCACGUGGAGAGGGCGCUACGCGUAAGGAAAAUCGAUGAGAUUGAGAGAGGAGAGAGGAGAGGUAAGUUUGGGAUUUAUGGAGGGAAGUUUGUGCCUGAGACGUUGAUUAGUUGUUUGGGCAAGCUUGAAGCUGACUUCAACUUUGUUCUACAUGAUGCUGAAUUUCAGGCGGAGCUGGCCAUAGCUCUAAGGGACUACGUCGGAAGGGAGACGCCUUUGUACUUUGCAGAGCGGCUCACCAACUAUUACAAGAACGAGAACGGAGAAGGGCCGGACAUUUACCUGAAGAGAGAGGAUCUCAACCACUGCGGCGCACACAAGAUGAACAACGCCAUUGCGCAGGCAAUGAUCGCCAAGCGCAUGGACAGGCAAAGGGUGGUGGCGGCGACAGGAGCAGGCCAGCACGGCGUAGCGACCGCUGCCGCAUGCGCUAAGCUGUCUCUGGAUUGCACCAUCUUCAUGGGUUCUGAAGAUAUGGAGAAGCAAGCUUCUAAUGUGUUCUUAAUCAAGCUACUAGGUGCUCAGGUGACCAAAGUGGAAGGGAGCUUCAAGGAUGCCAGCUCAGAGGCCAUAAGGCAAUGGGUGAACGACUUGGAAGUGAGCUAUUACCUGACAGGGACGGUGGUGGGUCCGCACCCAUGCCCGAGCAUGGUGAGGGAGUUCCAAUCCAUCAUCGGGAGGGAGACGAGGAGGCAGGCGAUGGAGCGGUGGGGAGGGCGGCCAGACGUGGUAGUGGCAUGCAUCGGGAGUGGCUCCAAUGCACUGGGGAUCUUCCAUGAGUUCGUUGGUGAUGAGGGGGUGAGACUGGUCGGUGUGGAGGCGGCUGGGUUUGGCCUUGACUCAGGGAGGCAUGCGGCCACUCUGGCCACAGGCCAUGUUGGGGUCUACCAUGGAGCCAUGAGCUACUUGUUGCAGGACCAGGAAGGCCAAGUUCUUGGUGCUCACUCCGUUGGCGUCGGGCUACAGUAUCCAGGAGUGGGUCCGGAGCUGAGCUUCCUCAAAGACACGGGACGAGCGGAAUUCCAUACGGUCACCGACGAAGAAGCCCUGAACGCAUACCAAUUGUUAUCUAGAUUGGAAGGCAUAAUCCCAGCAAUGGAGGCUGCUCAUGCACUGGCGUAUUUGGAGAAACUCUGCCCGACCCUCCCCGAUUCCACAAAGGUUGUGGUGAAUUGCAGUGGACGAGGAGAUAAAGACGCGCCUCUGUUCUUUCAACACCGACCAGCCCUCGACGCAUAAAUCUAGCAAUAUGUAUAGAAAGUAUAAAAAUGUAACAUUAUGAUCUCUUUGUCAAUGUCAUAGCCUAUAAGAUUUGGAGAGCA